AAGUAGCGGGGUACUUCCGCUCUUCGCAAGUGUUUAUCAACUGUGUGCCCUUACUACUGAGAAACAUACUUAUCAAGAUGUCGAGCAACAACGUGGAAGAGAAAGUGAAUCAUGCAUCUAACAGCAAAGGCAUCUCUCUUCCAAUGACUCGUGUGAAACUGAUCAUGAAAAGUUCUCCCGACGUCUCAAGCAUCAACCAAGAGGCUCUUCUCCUCACCACCAAAGCAACAGAACUGUUUGUUCAGCACCUAGCUCUGUCCUCAUUCAAUAAUGGAUCAGGGAAAGACCAGACCCUCUUGUACAGUGAUCUGGCCAAUACUGUUGAGGAGAAAGAGACUUUUCAGUUUCUCACAGAUAUCCUACCAAAGAAGAUCUUGGUUCGGGAUUACCUGAAGCUUCUAGAAGAAAAUCCAAUUGAGGAAGCAGACAAUUGAAGCAAAACCCCUUGAAGCAACAGUGGUUGUAUUGCUAGCAUGGAGUCUGAAUAUUUUCUCCAGCUCAUUCCUGAAGUAGACUACAUUCAUACCACUUCCAUUCAAUGGCAUUGUGUAGGCCUACAUUUUGAUCUGAGAUUUACUAGAGCAUAUCAUGUUUACUACAAUUAAGUUGCCGAGUCAUCCGCAUGCUGAGCAUCCAGUUUUGGGUCAGAAAGAAUUAGUAUGUGAAAUGACUACAGAUAAAGCGUUAAAAUCAUAAUUAUAUGUUACCCCCCCCCCCCCCCCCCGCCACAGCAAUAACCUGCUGCCUAAGAGGAAUAUCUCUGUACUCCCCUGGGUUUUGAUGCCAGCUGAUGCAAAUAGUGCACAGAGAUGAGGGAUUUCAUUUGUUUUGGGCAUUAUGUUUUACAGGAGACCUUGAAGCAAAGGGUGAACGAGAUCAGUUUCUUUUUCUUUUUUUUCAACAAUGUCUUCCAUACAAGCGACGCAGUUCUCAGGUCAAAAUACAUUUCUUGUUGGUUGUAUCCUUUUAUAAAGAGGAACACCUAUGCACAGUCUUUGCUAAUGGACUUUUAUUCCUUUUAUUCAUAUACCCAAUGAAAUCUGCAGAAAUAUAGACAUGUAAACUGAUUUCUUACAGCGUUUGAAUGGGUUAUGUGACUAAGGAAUAUACAGACUUUAGAUUUUAGCUGUGUUUAGUGUGAUCUAUUUUCUAUACUACUCAUAGGUACUUCCAGUCCUGGGUGGCUGCAGGCAGCACUUAUUUAAAUCUUCUCUUAUUUUUUGUAAUAGCUCUUCUCCGAUUGCAAUGUAAGUUAUGCUACAGUAGGCAUUGCCAUAUUUUUAGGUUUUUCAUGUGAAAUAAUCAGACUUAAUACAUUUAUUGAAUCAAAGUCUAAAUAUUCUGCUGUGUGUGUGUGUCCCAUGAAACUACAAAGCAAGGUCCUGUAAUGUGAUGUCUCAAGAAUGCACUGAACUAAGUAGCCUAACUGUCCCAUUAAAUCAUAACUUAAUCAUAUUCUGUUAACUCAUACCCAAAUAGAUGUUGUUGACUCAUCCUAUACUCCUAUUUGUGGCCAAAGCAUAAAUUGAAGGGGGAAAAAAACAAAGAAACCCACCUCAAACUCAAUUGCAUACUCCUGAAACCUCUUCUCGACAGCGCAUCUCUUCGGGAGGAUGAGCUGGCCAAUCUACUCACACCAUUAUGUUAGGGUACUUAACUUGAUAACCAUUAAAUUACUUUGUUUUCCUUCCUUCAAAAAAAAAAUCGCUCAUAUUGUAAUUAUAGUUCAUAUUUAAUAGAAAUCAGGAAACACUGGACAGUUUAACAGCUAUAAUAUUUUUUUUCUACAAGAGUGAAGAACAGCAAUUUCGAUCCCACCCAACUAACGAGACUUGUCUUUUGUACCAUAGUUUCGUUUUAUUAAAUUAAAUCCUCUUCAUGCUACACACUGUUCAUCAUUCCCUAUUUCUGUUGAAUUACUGUAGAUACAAGUUUUUGCCCUCGUUGCAACAAUGUAAUGCCAUAUAAAGCUGUACUUCGUUCAAUAAAACAUCUCUUUAUGGUA